AUGCUCGGGUCGUCAGAAGCGACGCAUAGUCCUCCUCCUCCCUCUCUUCAUUACUCUCCCUCUAUCGGGGACCUCGAUUGCGCCUCUACUAGGGACUCGACCCCCGUCACCACUCCCCUCGGGUUUGGCGUACCGUUGCGCAGACCGGAUAGGGAAAAGCUCUCGGAUUCCUCGUUCACUCGAAAUUCACUCGACAUCGGCGGCGACACGUCCUCACCGUACUUUUACAGCCAGCAACUACACUCUCACUCUGAUUCAGAUCUCGACUUCCCUCUCUUUCCUUCCUCCCCCAUACAAACCAACACCAUGACCGGUGCAGCCGCUCCGAUCGACAUUGCCACCCGCCAGAGUUCCGUUUCUCCUCCCGGACAGCAGGCGUCGAAUCUGACGUCUGCUCUGCAGAGAGCUGGUAAUGGAGAACGGACAGGCAGUCUAUCCCAUGCAAAUGGUGUUGGUCUCAGCGUCUUCAAGGCCCCGCCUCCUCGCAAGGACUCGAUCGGUGCAGCUACUGCACAAUGGGGCAACGGAACGAAGCCCAUCUCAAUGUCCGGCUCCAACCGCGAUAAAGGCCGCCGUGAGUCUUUGGCAGGAAGUUUAGUUGGUGGAAUGAGCUGGGGUGGUGUGUCUGUUGGCAGUUGGAUUCGCGAUGACAUAAUCAUGACCGGCACAUCUCCGUUCACUUUCCAGUCACCGUCAUUUCAUUCAUCCUCAUAUUUACCCAAGCUGGAGGCAAACUUCAUGCGCGACUUCAAUUGUUGUGGGGUGACCCUUCCGACGCUUCACGAUCUUUUGCAGCACUAUGAAGAAGCUCACGCCACCAAGUCACCUCAGCAGGGCCACCGUCCCAGUCAAGGCGACAGUAGAGCGGCCCUGGCUGCGGUGGCGAUGGCGCAGCAGCAACAGGGUCAGCAAAACAAUAAUCAAGGCCGUGGAUUGCAACCAGAUAGGACUCUGGACUUGCAGCGGAAACUGAGUCAGGUCCCUCACACUCAGCAGCAUUCGGAUAUGGAUACCAUUGAUGACAUGGAACUCGAUGAGCCGAUGGGUGACCACGAUGCCGCCACUGCACAGCUGUUCGCGCCUCAGUCGCGUGAUGGAGGCCAAGGAGGUUUUGGCAGUGCCAACCAAAGGGUUCCGCAUCUGAAUCUAUCUAUGCUUCCAGGACACCAAGGGUUCAAAGGCUCUCAGCCCGGUACUCCCGUUGCUUCUGGGCGCCCUCUAUCGCUGCAGAACAACCCAACAGUUUCUUCCGUCAAUACUCCUACUUUGAUGGCGAACCCUCUACAGAACUCACAGUUCCGGACCACACCAGACUCGUCUGCACCUGGGACGCCGGCAGAACUCGAUGACAGCAUGCUUGGUGGCUUCGGAGAUCUGGCUAUGCAAAACCCAAUGAUGCAGGGCCAGUCUCAGUUUGGAAGGUUCGCUGGGAACAACAACGAUAUGGUAGACUUGUGUAUCGACGAACCAGCCAAACGGUUGUUUAGCCCCACCGGCGGAAUUAACACUCCCAACGCUCACUUCAAGCUAAGUGGAGCACAGUAUGGUCCCAACAGUGAGAUCGCUCGACGCAUCCGAGAGCAACAGUUGUUGGCAGGUGUUCCUGAUACCACUGCUCUCCUUCCCAACGAGGAACCUAAGCCUUUCCGGUGCCCAGUCAUUGGCUGCGAGAAGGCGUAUAAGAACCAGAAUGGUCUGAAAUACCACAAAGCUCACGGCCACAAUAACCAGCAGCUUCAUGACAACGCAGACGGCACCUUUUCCAUCGUCAAUCCCGAGACCUCAACUCCAUAUCCUGGAACACUUGGUAUGGAGAAGGAGAAGCCCUACCGCUGCGAGGUCUGUGGCAAGCGUUAUAAGAACCUGAAUGGUCUUAAAUAUCACAAGUCGCACUCGCCGCCAUGCAAUCCUGACUUCCAGCUUGCUGCAGGCAGGAACUUGGCUUUUGGUGGAGGCGUCAUGCAAGGGCAGAACAUCAACGUUGCUGGGGCUGGCCUACCUGGCAUCGGUGAAGAGGGUCUUUUAUAA